AUGAUGGUCUUCGAUUCGGUGGCCGAGAAAGGGGAUGGUGAUGGAGCGUCAACGGCUGAUGAAAAGCGGACACCAAAACAGCUAAUGUGUUUCACAGGCAUUUCCGCAAAACCUAUGUCAGCAACUGAUCUUGUAAAUCAGGUAUCAGAAGAUGUCACGACAGUGCGAACGCAGAUAUCUCUGGAUGCUGUAGUUGGACAGGAGACGCGAGUUCUGGAUCUUGUAAAUCAGGUAUCAGAAGAUGUCACGACAGUGCGAACGCAGAUAUCUCUGGAUGCUGUAGUUGGACAGGAGACGCGAGUUCUCGUGCUGUAUACGGGCGGUACGAUCGGGAUGAGAUGUAAAGAUGGAGUAUAUUGUCCAGAGCCAGCAUUUUUGCCUCGUGCAAUUCGGGAUUUGCCACUACUAAAUGAUGUUGAUUAUGUGGUGACGAAUUAUUCUGAUGCGCGAGUGAAACCAUACUGCUUGCCACCGUUGAGGCAUUUGAAGAAACGUAUUGUCUACUGGCUUGUGGAGUACAAUCCGUUGUUGGAUUCAUCGGAUAUGACUUUCGAUGACUGGAUUCGCAUUGGUAAGGACAUCCAGAAAGCAUACAACCAGUAUGAUGGUUUUGUUAUACUUCAUGGCACCGAUACCUUAUCAUAUACAGCCUGUGCUUUGUCAUUUAUGUUCGAGAAUCUCGGCAAACCAGUUGUCAUAACAGGAGCUCAGGUAGACUACAACAAUUCCUUAACGAAUUUCUGGAAAAUUCCGGACUUUGAACAAUGUGCUUCGGUGUUUGAGUUGAUUUGA